AUGAGACGGUGUUUUGUGGGAAGGAGGCUUCUGUCUACAAGGGCACCAGGCACGCCAUUUGCUCACGACUACACACAUACUCCAAUAGCUUACACCCAUAGAUUACCCCCAAGAAUAGAGGCUGAUACAUUCAAGGAUCAUGAAGAUGUCCAAGAACCAAAAGAUCCAGAACCCCAGACCCCAAUUGGUCAGUUGUGGUCAAGUUUAUCAAAUGAUCCAUUACAAGGGAAAUCACCAUCUGAUUUUUUCUAUAGUUUCCCCUUGACAAAUUUCAAAAAAUUGAAGAAACGAACUGAACGUCCAAGGAAAGUUCGAAUGUUGGCUAGUGAUUUUAUUGAUGAUUCCUUAUACAAUCCGAAUUAUGGUUACUUUCCCAAGCAAGCUGAGAUCUUCCAAACGGGGAAACCUUUUGCAUAUACUGAUUUAGAAGAUACAGAUGAAUUUGUUACUCGUUGGAAAGAGCAAUAUGACCGUUAUGGUAAACAACCUGCAUUACAAUUAUGGCAUACCCCUGUUGAAUUGUUUCAACCUUAUUAUGGUGAAGCUAUUGCAAGAUAUUUACUAGUUAAUUAUAAAUUAAACCUGUACCCUUAUCAUGAUCUGAUAAUUUAUGAAAUUGGUGGUGGUAACGGUACUUUAAUGGCUAAUGUAUUGGAUUAUAUACGAACAAAUCAACCAGAGGUUUAUAAGAAAACAAGGUAUAAAAUUGUGGAAAUUAGUAAAAAUUUAAGUGAAAAGCAAAAAUUACAAAAAAGUUUAGCCAAGCAUGGUUCAAAAGUGGAAAUCAUAAAUAAAUCUAUAUUUGAUUGGAAUGAAUUUGUUCCUGAACCUUGUUUUAUUGUUGGUUUAGAAGUUUUGGAUAAUUUAGCACAUGAUAUGGUUAAGUAUGAUAUUUACGACGGUCAACCUUAUCAAGGAUACGUUGUUAUUGAUGAACAUGGUGAUUUCCAUCAAUUUUAUACCCCUGAACUGAAUCAAGAUACAGAAAAUUUCUUGGGAUUGAGAGGGUUAGAGUUUUUAUCAGAACCUUCUGAUUAUAUGAAGACUGUUAAACAUCCAUUAAAUGAAAAUAGAACAUUACAACAAUUUAGAAAUUUCUUGACCCCUUUCAAUAAUGCAUUAUCUAAAACGGAAUUCAUUCCAACAAGAUUAACAAGUUUAUUUCAAGUAUUGAAUGAAUAUUUCCCAGAACAUCAAAUCGUUUUAUCAGAUUUUGAUUCAUUGCCAAAUGCAUCACAAGGUUAUAAUGCACCAGUUGUGCAAACAAUGCUGGAAGAUAAAGCAAUCACAACAUCAACUUUCAUGGUGGAACAAGGGUAUUUUGAUAUAAUGUUCCCAACAGAUUUCCAUACUAUUAGAGAUUUAUAUAUUAACGUUUGUGGUAAAUUGGUCAAGACUUCAAAACAUGCUGAAUUUUUAGAGCAAUGGGGUGAUAUUGAAGGUACCACUACAAAGACCGGUGAGAAUCCAAUGUUAACUUUUUAUCAAAAUGCAUCAUUUCUUCAUAGUUAG